ACCUCACUCCCGUUAGCUCUGGUUGAUUCCGGAGAUGUCGGGAAUCUUUUAGAUAGCGCACUGGCCACUGCAUUACGCAUUCCUUUGGUUCCCCUACAGUCACCCAUUCCUGUUUGAGCCCUGGAUAAUCGUCCAAUAGCGACAGGGCUCGUACAUCACAUCACUGUUCCCGUUUCUCUGUUGACCCAUGCCACUCAUUUAGAACACCCCCACGCACCCCGUUGUUUUAGAUCUCACCUGGUUGAGUUGGCAUAACCAUGUUAUUUCCUGGUCUGAGAGGAGAAUGCUGGGUUGGUCGCAGGAGUGUCAGGGGAGGUGUCUCGCGGUGUCUGUCAACACCACU